UGCUCGCGCGGCCAGUAAGCGCCCGACCGCCGGAGCGACAACACGUGUACGCUCCAAUCGCGAGUGCAACGCCACGCGACCCGCAUGUGCUCUAGUGAUUCUUAGUGCUCUGAAGUGGAUACUCGAAACGGAACCGCUGGGCCGAUCGGCCCCGGCGGUAUGGAAUCACCGCAAAUGUACGACGCAACCGCGGCACCGCCGCCGCCGCCGCAGCCAGAUCUCAAGAAAGCCAACGAUGACAAACGCACCCCCUUUCCGCCUCCCGACCUGGACGAGCUCAACGGCCAGGAGAUCAGCCUGGAUCUGCAACACCUCAUCGAGGACCAGUUCCGCGGCGAGGAAACGAUGGCUCUGUUCCAGGAAAUUUUGCCGGGAGGACGGUCCCCGCAACAGAGGCCGUUUGCGCGCACCACCUUAGCGUAUAUGCCGCAGCCGGUGCAUUCUGGUGCAUCGUACGCGGCCCCAGUGCAGCCUAAUUCACACGAACAGGCUCCACCAAUUAAAGAGGAGCCUCCAGAGCCGCAUGACUUCAGACGAUCGGUGACUUGUGCACAAUAUACAGGCCAGUAUAACCCACAACCACCGGUCGGUGUCAGCGGCCCGUACGGGGGAGGUUUCACCCCGUUACCACCCUUGGGUGCACCUCUCUUGCCCCCUCUGUUAAAACACAAGCCAGCGCCUCCUAGGCGCUCGUCGGGGAAGGUGAUAGACAAAGGCACAGAUGAGUACAGGAGGCGAAGGGAGCGCAAUAACAUAGCAGUGCGAAAAUCCCGCGAGAAAGCAAAAGUGCGAUCCAGGGAGGUGGAGGAAAAAGUGAAAACGUUGUUGAGGGAAAAAGAGGCUUUACUAAAGCGGCUCGAAGCCGUCACCGGCGAGCUGAGCUUGCACAAACAGAUGUACGUCCAUCUGAUUAACUUGAACCAUCCAGAAAUCACGGAAUUGUGCCGGUCUAUGUUGCAGCUAGGAGCGCCGCAUGCGCCGGAUCACACACUCUGACCAUAGAUCCAGCACCGGUUGGACUUCGAGUGAUAAUGUUCAUUGUAUACACCUGUAGUUAGGAUAUAGUUAGCAAAUUCAUUUUGUGAUUUUAACUUUAUGUUUUGCUGCAUUUUGUGAAAAUGACCCUUGUAUUUUUGUAGCUAAAAAAUGUAAGCCAGGUGGUCUUCGAUGACGUCUUUAAGCAGGAGUAAAUCCCGAGUGGGAGAGAGAUGGCACUAGACGGCCUAACGCUGUCCUUUUUUCACAUUGGACUUUUCUGCUUUAAGACUUCAUCCCUGGUCAUUAACAUAUCUGAUAAAUCUGUUUUCGUGUAAGAGUUUUCCAAUAUAACUGUAGACUUAUGGGGACUUAUUUUUUUUAUGACCUUACUCAAUCUAUUUUCAAAUUAAGUACUGUUUUUUUCGGGAAAUAGGUUUUUUGGAUUAUUAAUUUCUAUUGCAUACAUAUUGGGGUCCUUUUGAUAAAACGCAGAAUAUAGUAGUCUGGUUACAAGGAUGUGAUCUCAAAUGUGAACCAGUACUGCAUCUAAGGGUGUUGGCACACGGGCAGACGCGGCGUUUUUAGCACAGUCCAUACGAAAUAUGCGGAGUGACGGUCGUAAAACGUUAGUGUGCCACCACCCUUUGGUUUUCUUUUUGUAUAUUUGAGUACUAUUUAGUGCUGUUUUGGUUGUCCUAAUUAAUAUCCAUUUGCAGUACCGUGAAACUUAUUUUUAACGUAAUUUAUUCUUUACUCCUUAACACUUUUACACAGUGAUGUUUUUAAAGUAAAUUUUGUUUGUUAAUUGGGACAACAUCUAAUACUAUACAUUAUUACAUAGAAGUAGGAUUUACUCGAACGGAUUUUAGAGUUUUACAAAAAUCUAUACACAUUUUUUUUUACUUACAUGUUUUACAAUUUUAUUUAAGAAUUGAGAGCUCAACGAACACUGCCAUUGAAGUCUCGAAAAUAUUUAUUUUUAUUUUUAAAUACCCCGAAAGUGCGAUGUGUUUAAUCGUCAAUAUGUCAUGUGUCAAAAUAAUGAACUAGAUGUCGCUAGCUUCGCUCAACAUUUAAAUUUUUAUACAAUAAAGAUGUAUAUUCGUUUUGAAAUUGUAACAUAGUUUAUUUUAGUAUUGUAAUUAUUGUGUAAAUUGAUUGUAUAUAAUCUUGAAUCGUUGCUGUUGUAAGUUCAUUUCAUUUUCGUCUAUUUCUUGUUUAGGAAGGAAGCAGAUGUCAUUGCGAUGGCGCAAAAUAAAAAAAGGCGUAAAUUACUGAGGAAAAACAAUCUGCUUUCGAUAAGGCUAAUUUAAUAUUUCGUUACGUGAAAAUGUCCGCAAUCGACUGAUACAGCAAUUUUUCGUAUGCCCAUUUGCGGGUAUAUUAAAAGUUUACUUGCGACAUUUUCACGAACAUGAACGCACUAAACACAUAAUUAUAUGUACAUAAUCACGCUAAGCGCAUAUGGUUAGCUUGGGAUAAGUGAUUUUGUUGAAUACUAAAAUGUUUAUUCCUAUAAAGUACCUUUAAAUUUUAUUUUCAUUGAUGUUAAAUUAGGAUUAAGAUAAUAAAAACACGGUCUGGGCACUGCCGGAUGGGAAGUACAACAUGUGAAAAAUCAUAAUAAAUCUACUUAAAAUCACGGGUUUGAGGCUGCUAUUAUAUAUAAAUAACAGAAUUUGAUGCUAAUCCUGUACUGCGAUAUAUUUUAUAAGGGUUGGUGAUUGAAACGGGUCAUGAAACAUAUAGUUACCAUGUUGAUCCUACGAUCAUAAAAAUGUAAGACAUUCGUACACUAACGGCUAUGAAUCCUAAUGAAAUUGAAGUAAAGAUGACGCCGUCUGAAUGUAGAUGGCGCUGUAAUAAAAUAUUUUUUCAAAGGUGUUUAUGACUUCAAAUAUAGAUAAUAUAUUACUUAGGUGCUAUAUUUGGAAUUGUAAUAGGAAAGUGAACAUUAGUGUAUGAGUGUUAUAUACCUACUUAUUAUAUAGUUGUUAAUAUAAACGAAACUCCGUCCCGUUUACAUAUUCUUAUAAAUGUUUGUAAAAAUAUACUUAAGAGGAUUUUAAGAAUAUAUUUUCAAUACCUAAGUAUACACACAAUUUUUAUAAACGAUCGUGUUUUUAUUUUAAUGUAUAUUUGUCUAAGAAACGCGGCGGUCUGUCGUAGGUAUGAAAGGCCUUUAGAAACAAAGUUUCUCCCUCUGCAUUUUCUUGGCGCUUCUGUAUGAGGUUAUCUGUGGUAGGAUCAAAUUAUAGACUAUACAAUAUUUUUUAUGUAUACCAGCAGAUAUAUAAUUACUGUGGCGUAUGGUUUAUAAAUUAAAUAGCGCAUAUUAUAAAAUACUUCAAUUACUUUUUAUUUUUAAUAAUGACUCGAUUGCCUUAAUCGUAAUCAUAUUUCACACUAUGAUGUUACACAGACUAUAAAUUUCAGUACUGCCACAGAUAAUUAACAAACUUUUUUUAUUUGUUUUGCGACACAUAACCUCAUACUGCGUUAUAUUGUUAUGUUUUUAAUAUUCUAUCUUUUAUUAAAAUGGUGCUAUGUUUGAAAUUUUUUUUCUGUUUAACUUCAGAGCCAAAGACUUAUUUGUUUUCCAUCUUGUUUUAUUUUAUUUUUAUGUCGCUUCGAACCUUUCUAAGAAAAUUUUGGUGGCCUUGACAAUGUCUGACAAUAAUCGGUUUAAUUGCGUAAAUGUUAAAGGUGCAAUUAAAUAUAAUAAAUUUAUUUAAUAUA